UGACCGCCGGAACACUCACAGCGGAGCGGCUCCAUGGGUCCAGCGCUGGCUCUGGCGCUCCUCUUGGGGCUGCAGGGGAUCCUGGGGGACCCGGGUGGCCCGCCGAGAGUUCUCCAUUCCCUGCAUUACCUGUCUGUGGCGGUGUCAGAGCCCAGCCUGGGGGUCCCCCAGUUCAUGGCUUUGGGGUUCGUGGACGGGAUCCCCUUCACGCGCUACGACAGCGAGCGGGGCCGGGUGGAGCCGCAGACGCAGUGGAUGGAGGAGGGAGCUGAGCCGGGAUAUUGGGAGCGCCAGACCCAGAUCUGUCAGGGGCACCAGCACGUGGAUGCCAGGAACCUGGAGACGCUGCGGCACCGGUACAACCAGAGCGGGGGUCUCCACACCAUACAGUGGCUUUACAGCUGUGAUCUCCUGUCUGACGGGAGCGUCCGUGGAUCCCAGCGGCUCGGCUAUGAUGGGCGGGAUUUCAUCUCCUUCGAGCUGGGAUCCAAGAGCUUCGUGGCGGCCGACGACGCUGCUGAGAUCACCCGGAGGCACUGGGAAGAUGAGAACGAGGUUGAGAGGCAGGAGAAUAACCUGAAACACGUCUGCCCAGAAUGGCUCCGGAAAUACGUCAGAUAUGGGCAGAAAGAGCUGGAGCGCAAAGUGGCCCCUGACGUCCAUGUGUCCGGAAAAGAGGAACAUGGGACACUGAUCCUAUCCUGCCAUGUGUACGGAUUCUAUCCCAACAUCAUCACAGUCAACUGGAUGAAGGGGGGUGAAAUCUGGGAUCAGGAGACGGAGUGGGGUGGGAUCGUUCCCAACAGCGACGGCACCUUCCACACCUGGGCCAGGAUCGAGGCGCUGCCGGAGGAGUGGGAGCAGUACCGGUGCCGGGUGGAGCAUCCCGGAAUGCUGGAGCCCGGGAUCUUCGCUUGGGAGCCGACAUAUGGUGGGAAUCUCGACAUGGUGAUCGCUGUGUCCGUCAUCGCUGCCGUCCUCAUCCUUGUCCUCAUUGGAUUUGGUAUCUGGAGGCUCCAAUCCGGGAGGAGGGACAGGAUUGGAUACAACCCGCCAGCCGGAAAGAACAUGGGAAUCAACAUCUGAAUCACACGUAUGGAGUGGGAUUGGGGAAUCACCGCUGGAGUGAUCCACGGAGCUGGAUCCGCCCCUUUCCCUCUUCCCGGGAAAGCCUAGAGCUGCCAGCAGAGCUCAUCCCACUGCUGCCACCCACCCCACAGCUCUUGCUAACAGAUCGAUUUCCUGUUUUCCAAUGUUUUAGAGCCAAAACCCACAAAUAUUCCUGAUGCUU